AUGAAACAACCUUGGAAAACCAACGAGUAUUCUAAUCGAGAUGGCAUCAAGUGUGACGAAAUCAAGCCAAGUUGCAGCAACUGUGUCAAACAUGAAAUUGAAUGCGAUUUCAAUAAACAAACUACUUUCACGGGGACUUCAGAGAUAGGCUCAAUAGCUCCAUCACCAUCAACAGAGGCUUCAAAUGCGAAGGCUUCGCCAUCCGUCAUCGCUCCGUCACCGUCAAUAGAGACGCUAAACGCUGGCAUGAAGGCCUCGUUAUCUGUCAUCGCUCCGUCACCAUCAGCAGAGGCGCUAAAUGCAAAGGCCUCGCCAUCCGCCAUCACUGCUGGUACAAGCCUUGCGGGUGGCAAUUUUACAUUAAAUCCAUAUGCCGGAGGGACAAUUGGAAUAGCGGAAAUGGAACUGCUUCAUCACUACUCUACAUCCACCUGCUAUACGAUCUCUCGCCUCCCCAUUCUGCAAACAGUUUGGCGCAUUAGAGUGCCCAAGUUUGGGUUUUCUUCACCAUUCGUUCUCCACGCGAUUUUAUCCCUAUCCGCGCUACAUCUGGCUUAUUUGAAGCCCGAGCAUCACGCGCAAUAUGUGACACAGGCCGAUUUUCAUCACAAUCUAGCCCUACAGAUGGUUUCCGCGACUUUACCCAUGAUAAACGAGGAAAAUGCGGCUGCUGUAUAUCUAUUUUCUACGAUCACAUCCAUCAUUUCUUGUGCUAAACCAAGACAGCCCAAUGAUUUCUGGGUAAUUGGCGACAGGGAUAUUGAAUGGCUGUCACUUUUCCGAGGCACUAGAUGGAUCAUCGCUACUGCAGAGGACACCAUUACGUCCGGCGCUCUUGCACCGAUCUUCAGGAAUGGUGCAAGGAGGAGUUCUGCGCGAAAUGCGAGAUCCACCAUUACAUUGACCUAUCUGGAUGAUUUGCGAAACUUGCUCAAGGACCACGUAGCAGAUGCCCAUGAAUUGGAUGUCUACUUCGGUGCUAUCGAGGACCUGAGCAAGUCCUUUGGCACUUUGGAAGACGAAGGCCCUCAAAACUGUCAGACGGCUGACGUGUUUGUUUGGUUACUCCAGAUAUCUGAUGAAUACCUCCAACUCCUUCGCCAGCGAAAGCCCGAAGCCCUGAUCAUUUUUUCGUAUUUCUGUGUAAUUACACACGCGUUGGAAUGGAUGUGGUGGAUGCGAGGAUUGAGUGUUCAUCUGAUUAGUGGAAUCUACUACUUCUUGAACGAGGAGUAUCGUUGUUGGCUGCAGUGGCCAAUGGAACAGUUGGGUUGGGUUCCAUGA